UGUGUCCCCACUCAUAUGUGCCCACAAUUCUUUAAUAAAGUAAUAUGUCUGACGCAAUGGGGGCAAAAGUGAGUAUUUUAUCCCACUUUUCUCUGUCUCCAGACUGCUGCAGGAUGGUACUGUGUGCAUUGAGGCGACAACUUCUGAGGAGUGGCAGCAGCUGUGGCGCCUUGGCCAGGCUGCUGCAGAGACAGAGCAGGGCCUGUGUGUACUCAAGCGUCCACGGCUUCAACCCAGAGGAGAUCAGAGAGAAGCUGCAGGCCUUUCCUGGAGGCUCCAUCGACCUGCUCAAACAGGAGUCUGGCAUAGCUGUGCUGACCGUCAACUACCCCUCCCGCAUGAAUGCUUUCUCCGGCAGUAUGAUGGUGGAUCUGGAGGAGAGGGUGAGCCAGCUGGAGAGCUGGACAGACGGUAAAGGCCUCAUUGUUCACGGUGCCACCGGAACUUUCUGCUCUGGAUCGGACCUCAACGCUGUCAGGGCGAUCUCUAACCCACAGGAUGGGAUGAAGAUGUGUAUGUUCAUGCAGAAUGCUCUUACAAGGCUCCUCAGGCUGCCUCUGAUCUCUGUUGCUCUGGUGGAGGGGAGAGCGCUGGGAGGAGGUGCAGAACUCACCACUGCCUGUGAUUUCAGGUUAAUGGCAUCUGGCAGUGUGAUCCAGUUUGUCCAUAAACACAUGGGCCUGGUCCCAGGCUGGGGUGGCGCCGCACGACUUGUCCGCAUAGUUGGAAGCCAGAAUGCACUGAAGCUGCUUGGUGGUGCUCUAAAAGUGGAUCCCCAUCUUGGCCUGCAGAUUGGACUGGCAGACGGAGUUCUGGAGGUCCCUCUGGCAGAGGAGGGUGCAGAGACUCUACUACAGAAGACUGAAAUCUGGCUCAGUCGCUAUACAAAAGGACCCGCCCCUGUGAUCCAGGCUGUGAAGAAGGUAGUGUUGUCAGGGAGAGAGCUCCCUCUGUCAGAGGCUCUGAGGACUGAGAGGGAUGUAUUUGGGACUGUGUGGGGUGGUCCAGCUAACCUGCAGGCUCUGGCCAGCAAGUCCAAACACAGAUAAGUGUCUGUGUUCACUUUCCUAAAAAUUUCCAGAUCAGUCAAGGUGUUCAACUGGGGUAUUUUUGGGAAGUGUGUGGAGGAGAACUGCAACAGACUGACUCUUGAUUGAAAACAAUAAAGUUUGUUAGUUCUUUGGUGUGCUGAAGACAUGUACAAGUGCUUCAUGUAAGGAGUUUAAUGCUGUGUCUAACCUGUGGACUCUGGGAAUGUAGAGGCAUGUGAUAAAAGCUUCUCUGUUUGUUAGGACUACAAACUUAAUCAUUUCAAUAAAUCAGCUGCGCUGUUGCCUCUAAUACACUGAUAAUUAUAAAUCUAUCCUUGUCACAUACU